GGUCUGUUGCACUCAAAAAACAAAACAAGCAUCUUCCAGUUUUCCGACUGUCCCUGAAGGCAGCAGUGGUAAACAUCUCUGGCUGCUCUGAUUGGUCAGAGUUGAGUCGUGUCAACGUGCUGCGUCUACAUCACAUAGUCUACAUCACAUACUCCCACAGACUAUCUGACAGCUCCAUAACACAGCACUCUCAGGCCGGCGCGGGUCUCACCUGACCGCCCUUUGACUGACUGGACCAGACCUUAGACCUGGAGGAGGAGAUAUGGCUUCUCAGGAGACCUUCAACGAUUUGGAGAGCAGCUCGUCCGAGGAGGACAAUAGUAGUAACCGUACCGCGGACCUGACUGCGGAGGAGGAGGAGAAGGCAUCUCCGGUGGUGGUGGUGCGGCGGCAUCAUCAUCCGUUCAGCGUGGAGGCGCUCAUGUCCGGGAGGAAGACGGAGUCCACUGUCCGCUGUAAACCGGAGGGAGGCUCGGUGGCGGUGUCGGUGUCUCCUACGGGUUUAAACUCGCUGUAUCUGUACCGAGAGACGUGUAGUCCUCCCGGGGGAAGCCGAACAGCUCUGCCUUCAUCGCCGGUAAAAUCCGAGGCGUCUGAGUCAGAGGACUGCGCACCCUGGGUCUCCAACAGCGCCUUUAACGCACAGACGCGUCAUAUCGGUGGUCCUGGCUGUCCGUUGAGGAAACACAAGACCAACCGAAAGCCCCGCACGCCCUUCACCACGUCUCAGCUCCUCGCCCUGGAGAGGAAGUUCAGGCAGAAGCAGUACCUGUCCAUCGCCGAGCGGGCCGAGUUCUCCUCCUCCUUGACCCUGACGGAGACCCAGGUCAAGAUCUGGUUCCAGAAUCGCCGGGCGAAAGCCAAGAGGCUCCAGGAGGCCGAGCUGGAGAAACUCAAGAUGGCCGCGGACGCCAAGACGGCGGCGGUGGUGGCCGCCGCCGCUGGAGGUUUACACCAUGGCUAUACGUUACCGCUGUCGCUGGGCGCCAUGUCGCUGGGCGCCAUGUCGCUGUACGGACAGUCGUACUCUGCCUAUCACCACCACCACCACAGACCCAUGCUGCCCAUUUCACCGUUAGGACUAUACGCUGCCCCGCUGGGCUACAGCAUGUACCACCUAUCAUAAAAAUGGAAAUAUCACUGACUUUUGGUGAGAUGUGUUCCCAAGGAUUCACGAAAAUGGACUGACAUUUUAAAAAGUCAAUGUUUAUAAUCUAUCUACAGCACAAAAGGAGUGUUUGAAUCAACUUUCUGAGCACUUCAAGUCAAAUAAGAAAUUAUUUUUUUCCCACAGCGAGGAUAAAAAAAACGUAAUGCCCUUUUGCCCCUUCGGACUGCCUGUUUACAUGACUGGUUUAUAUGAGGAGGGUCGUCACUGUCCAGCUGUUUAUACUCUUCACUUGUUUACUUCUGCAAUAAUUGAGCUGGGCGAGAAUUUGCACUGGGCACAAUAAUACAAAGUACAACUUUUCACCUAAGCCUUUCUCUUCAUUCGAUACAGUGCCUUGUGUUGAAAAGGGCCUUAAUAUCAAGACACUUUGUACACUUGUAUGGAUUAUGAGUGUUUCAGCAGCUCAGGCCAAAUAAAACAUAUCACUUAAGCAUUCUUUUAAAAGUGAAAAACUGCUCUUCUAUUCAAUAAUAAUAAUAAAAAAAUCAGGUUUUAUUCAAAGUCUAACCCUCAAAUUACGUUUUUUCAUCUUUUUAUCUCUCAUUCUCAUCUCAACAUUUUUCAUCUCUCCCAUAAUUUCCUUACUACGCAUUUAUAGACAUAUUUAUUCUCUUUGAAAUAUGCUGGAAAUGUAUGAAUGCCUCAUGUUGUCUAUUUAUGUGAGAAUAUGGUACAAACGUUCUGACCAAAAAGUGUAUUUAUAUUGUUCUUCCUGAACGUCCCUUUGAAAGGGGCAUACAUUGUGCUAUGCAGUUUAUAUAUAUUUUUCCACCAAUGUUUUUAAUAUUCAAAUGAACAAAACAAUUAAAGCCUUUCAGACUGUUUCCUUUACAUAAAUGACAUUUAAUUUUAUCUGUAAAAAAAAUAAUAAAGUAGCAAUAUGU